AUGCCUACCACUCACUCACUCACUCACUCUACUCUACUUCUACUCUACUUCUACUCUACUUCUACUCUACUCUGCCCUACUAUCAUAAGUUCUUCUUCAUUCGUUGCUCGCUCUAGCACUCCCUCACUUGUUCCAGGUCAGGCCAGGUCAGGUAAGGUACCAACCUGGACUAACAGGCUAUACGUGCUACAAGAGUGGAGUAAUCGAUACAUACCAGGUAUGGAUCGUGUCAAGACAGUAGGCAGGCUUAUGAAUCGAAUCGUCUUUUCUGGACUCGCUACUCUACCUACGUACCUAGGGUGUAACGGCUCAGGUACCUCAUCGUGGGAAUUUGCACGACGUACGUGUACAUGUGGUGCGUUGACACCUACCACCGAUGGGUCAAGACUAACCAACGGCAGUAAGAAGAGAGGCUACAAGUCCUGA